AGAAGCUGAGACUCUGACUUUUGUUAUGUCUAUCUACAAUAAGUCUGAUGCCCAUCCCUCAACCUUCAUUCUCAUUGGCAUUCCUGGGUUGGAGGCAGCACACAUGUGGAUUUCCAUCCCCUUUUGCGUGGUCUACAUUUUGGCACUAGUGGGAAACUGUUCUCUUCUGUUCAUCAUUAAGACAGACUCCAGCCUCCAUGAGCCAAUGUACCUCUUCCUCUGCAUGUUGGCAGUGGCUGACCUCGUGGUGUGCACUACAGCUGUUCCCAAACUUCUCAGUCUCUUCUGGUUUCAUGAUGGAGAGAUUCCCUUUGAAGCUUGCCUCACUCAGGUCUUCCUAAUCCACUCUUGCUCAACCAUGGAGUCUGGCUUUUUCCUGGCCAUGGCAUUUGACCGUUAUGUGGCCAUUUGUAACCCAUUAAGACACUCAGCUAUUUUGACACACACUGUAACUGGAAGGAUAGGUCUAGCUGUUGUACUUCGGGGAAUAGUUCUUCUCAGUCCUCAUCCUUUUUUACUAAGUUGGCUUCCCUAUUGCAAGACCAACAUAAUUUCCCACACUUACUGUGAGUUCAUGGCCCUCAUCAAGAUUGCCUGUGCUGAGACAAGCAUCCGUCGAGCCUACAGCCUCAUUGUUGCUUUCCUCACUGGGGGUGUGGACUUUAUAUUGAUCAUUUGUUCUUAUGUCCUCAUUCUCAAUACUGUCUUCCACCUUCCUUCCAGGGAUGCCAGACUCAAGACUCUGGGCACCUGUGGCUCGCAUGUCUGUGUCAUCUUAGUGUCAUAUACCCCUGCCUUCUUCUCCUUCCUCACCCACAGGUUUGGGCAUAAAGUGACUCCCCAAGUGCACAUAUUCGUGGCCAACAUCUAUCUUCUUGUACCACCCAUGGUGAACCCCAUUAUUUAUGGUGUAAGGACCAAGAACAUAAGAAACAGAUUUCUCAAAGUGCUCAGGUUUUCAAAGUUUACAAACCUGAACUGGUUUUGUUGA